ACAUUAGCUUCACACAUGGAACAUGACGUUCUCAAAACCUCCACAGCGCGUUCAUUGUUGUUUUAAUGUCGUGCCCCGGUGAAGUGCCUUAGCAUGGCUGGACCCGCAUAUCAUCAUGGUUUCUUGUGGACCGUGCUCUUGCUCUGCUGCCUUACGCCAGCUCGCGCGUCCUCGGGUGCCGGUUGGAGCGGGGGCGCCCAAGGCUCGGGCGCAGAAGCCGCUACCCCGCAGCCGCAGGAGCGACAUUCUGGACUAUUACACAGCGCGUGCACAUCGUUUGAGCUGGAUGACACCAUAGCAAUCCUCGCGCGAAACCACGGGUUCAGUCCCUUGGGAAGCGCGUCACUGCAACCGCACAUCUCCAGCACUCCGGGCGACGAAGCCUUCCGCCUUCGCGUCCUGCUGGAGCCGUGGCGCGGGGCUGGCUACAACCUGUCCGCCUCCGCCCGGGCCCUCGUGACUCGAACGCUCCCCAACUCCUGCUUAACCCCGUCGGCCCCAGCAUUAGCAGCAACAGCAGCAGCAACAGCCGUGGCGACGGGCGACGGGGCGGGAGGCGCAGCAUCAGGCGGCGAUGCCGGCGCCAGCACCGGCGAUGUACUGCUUUCGGGCAUGCCCAUAGAAACCUCCGGGUUACAACGCCGCCUCCAGUCCGCUGCAUUCAGUACGGCAGUACCGGUGACUAUACGACUGGUGCCGUGGCAGGCGGACGCUGGCGCAGCCGCGGCCGGCGCCGCACCGGGCGCAAUGGCGGCUGAGUUGGAGGUGCCUGUGGGUGCGUUCACCUGUGAGGUGGUGCCGCGGAGACGGAGCUCGUGGCCUCGUAACCAGCAGCAGGGGAACGGGCAGGGGCAGGGCCCGGAUGACGCGGCGGCUGCGGAGCAGCAGCAGCAGCAGCAGGACCAGGACCUGGACGAGGUGGAGGAGGCGACGAGGACGCUGUUUGUUCAGCUGGAGUUGACGAUCACGGGGCCCGGCGCGGAGGUGCACUUGGCUACGGUAGGCAGCAGCUACAACGCCCUGCCCGGCGGCUGCACCUACGCCACGAUCAUUGCCAGCUGCAACCCCGCCGUCUGCCGUGCCUCCGCCUCCGCCGCCGCGCGCCGCCAGCGGCGGCAGCUGGCGGAGGCGGUUCCCGCCGCCGCCGCCGCGCUGGCGUCCCUCGAGCGGAUGCUUGGCAAGCCGCUGCCGGUGCAGCCGGCUGUAGCAGUGGCGGUGGCGGCAGUAGCUGCGUCGGUGCUGGUGCUGCUUCCAGUGGGCGCGCUGAUGGCUACCGGCGUGCGCCGGCUGCAGAUGAAGCGGAGGGAGUGGGCGGCAGCGGCCGCUGCUGGCGGCGCGACCGCCGCUGCGGCGGCGGCGGCGCUGGCGCUGCGGCGGAGUGGCGGCGGCGGCGGACGCAGCCGCAGCCGUAGCCGGAACCUCAGUCGCCGCGGCAGUUUGCUGGGAUCUGUCUGUGAGGACAGUCUGGUCGCCAGCACUACCAGCGGGAUCGGCGGUGGCACCGCGUGCGCUACUGCCGGCGGUGGUAGCAGCGGCCUGUGCAGCGAGGGCCCCGGCAGUGCGCCUGCCACGCCUAUGCGGCCGCCUACCAGUGGCGUCGGCGGCGGGCCUGGUGCACGGAUAAGCGGCGGCGGCAGUAGCAGUGGCAAUGCCGACGGCGGCGGCGGGCUGACGCCGCCACGGCAGCUGCACUCCACGUUGUCAGAGCGGUCUCGCUCGCCCAGCCCUGGCAUGCCGCCGCGCCGAGUCAGUUGUGGAGGCAUGAUUGGAUCUGGUGGCGGCGGCGCCAUGGUAGCCGGUGGCGGCGCGUACGGCUGCGGCGGCGGACCGGGAAGCGGUCACUGCACGCCCUCCCGCCUGUCGUGCAUGAGCGGCGGCCUGAGCGGCAGCGAUUUGAACUCUGCUACAGCCACGCCUCUCUGGAGCAGCUGCGGCAGCCGCAGUAGCAGGGGCUACAGCGAAGGCAGCGCCGGCCACGCCUCGAGGGGGCCUCAGGUCCUCCCCGCCUUUGUCAGCGCUAGCGGGAUACCUCCCCCCGACCGCCGCAACAGCUGCAACAGCGGCCUGGCGCGCUGUAGCAGCAGCGCGCUAGCGUCGGGCAGCAGCGACGUCGGCGCCAUUGGUUCUGGCAGUAGCAGCAGCGUCGCUGCGGCGGCCCUGGCGGCGGCGGCACCCAGUAGUGGCAGUAGCAGUCCGGCCUUGCUGCCGCGUGACGCGGAGCUAGACGGAUUGCAAAUGCGCAGUAGCGAGGGCGGCGACGACGCUGGGGCGACGUCAGUCCUGCGCUCGUCGUUGUGCGGUGGUGAUUCGUUGAGCAAUCCCGGGUGCGCCAGCGUCAGCAACCGCAGCGCUGCUGGCGUCAGUCAACGGGUUCAGCUACUGCCGCCGCUACCGCCGCCGCCACACGCACGGCCGCAGCCGCGGUGGGCUGGCUCCGCCUCGUGCAGGGCUGUCUUGUCGACACCGCCCCCGCAUCCGCAUCCGCCACCACCCUCGCCACUGUUGCCGCUACUACCCCUGCCAGCCCCUUCGCCCAUGUCCGCGGCAGCUGCAUCGCCGCUGGCACGUCACAGCAGCCUACCCGCGCCGGUGGUGAUGCCGCCGCCGCCGCCGCCACCGCAACUGGUGACGAUGCGGCCGCCGCCGGCGCAACCCCGUUGCUCGUGAGAGGCGCAAUGCUGGCACAUGUAGUUGGGCGAGCAGCGAGCGAGGGCGAGGACGCAUACGGGUGCCGCGCAACCGCGGCACCCAACGCCCAACACUGGUCUCUCGUGUACAAGAAGACGAGAGACAACAUCAUCCUUUUACAGCCGCAGCAGCGGCGCUAUUGCCAAUUCUGUCAGCGUCGACUCACUUCGCGCCAGAUGUCAGCGCGUCCGGCCGGCGGCGGCGACUGUCGAGGACAUCCCGUCCUCCCCAGUCUGUUGCCGCAGCCAUCGCCGCGUCGCUCGUGACCAUGGCAGCACCUUCGUCAUCAUCAAUAUCACCUAGAAGCUGCAGGUGCACGGGCAUCAAGUUUUGCUGAUUCUUUACAUAUUUUAGAUGUGGUCCCGCUGACGCAGUGCAUGCGGUGUGUUUGUGUAUUAUUGGGUGCUAAAGUGUCCGUUUCCCAUGCGAGGGGAACCACAUAUAUUGUCCCAUGCAUCCAACAGAGGGGAAAGACAAGUUUUGCAAGUUGGCGUUAUGGGUUGCGUCCGGGGCAGGAUUGGGAUGGGGUUGGUGGGUGCAGCUCCGUGACUGUGGCGGUGGCAAGCACUGUACUUCCGAGCGAGCGUCGAUGCUGAACAUGGCUCUAGAUGCAUUGCACAGCGUUGCUGAUAUCAUGCAUCCUCUGGCAUCGUGUGCAUGUCGUUUGCUUAAAGCAUCUUCGAUGCUUAGCAAGGCAUGAUGAUGACUGAGUGAUUUUCACCACAGCACGGCACAUGGGCGCGUGGGUGUUGUAUAGCGGGCUUCUACUGAGCCGCAACACAGCAAUCACUCUGUCGCGUGAUCUGACAACUAUCUCAUCUGAUUUUUAUACCGCGCCUGGCGAUAUAACAGUGGGCAAGCCGGCGCAUGUGGUGUAGGCAUACCUUCCCAGGCGCAGGGCUCGAAGCACGAGUGGAUCGGGCAUCAUUCGAGGGGCCGUUUCAUUCCCGCGCCAUGAUGACGAGGGAAGCCGUUACAUGGAGGCGGGGUUCUAAGUGAUUACGUGUGUGCGUCAUGGCCUUUGCGUGCCAAAGACGACACCCUGAAACAACGGGUCCGUUUCAGCGCAAGUCCGUGGCUGACUGGUUGAUGCAACACCGUUAGAUGUUGAUUAGCUGGUGUUCUGUUGGUCAUGGACGGCCCUGCCGCGAGCUCUCAUUACCCAAACAGAUUCCUUCAUGCUGCAUUCCCAACGUGCGUCCAGUCGCGUCCAGGUGUUCGUGCGUGAUACAAAUGCCAUUUCAGCCUCAUCACCAGACAUUGCUAUGCCUACGAUAAUCCUGUUAAAGCUGGCCAUCGUUGUUGAAUGUGGGCUGAUGAAGUGGGGUUUGCAACAAAUAAACUCACAGUUUGGCAUUGCCGUAUGUGGAGGUGCCAUGCACGCAGGCGUGCCCGUACCGGAGUACGCUGGGCUUGUUUCCUGAGAGAGUGGUUAUGAGAAGGAAGGGGAAGGCGCAGCACCACACCAGCACCCCGAUGAAGUGACCCUGUCGGCCGCACGUGGCUGCUUGCACAGCACAUUGACGUGUGCCUAACUGCUAUAAUAUGCAACACGCACCGCGCCGCGGUCGCCUUGCUUGGUAAAAGGUUGCCAGGCUUUCAGCCGACUGCGCGCGCUGCGAGGGAAUGUAAUGCAAACCUGCA